CCGAUAAGGUCAGACACGGACUCUAGCCCUCUUGCCUCCGCAGCUUCGUGCACGCGCCGUAGCCAGUCGGCGCCUGUCCAUUCUGCGUUUGUUUACGGAGAGGGAUUCGGUGAAAGACAUAUCGCUGGAAUGUAUGUUCUUCUGGGCGGGACAGCCUGAACUCAUGUACUGAAUAAAUGCAUAUGGUGACAAUAAUGAAUGGCAAAUUAUCUUGCCUUGUAUUUCAGAAGAACGUCGAACUCGACUUGGUGUUACUAACAGUCUCCCAUUCAUAAAGCGGAAUAUCUCUCGUUAUUGACUCAUGGUUAACGACAUUCACCCUGGAUACACUAAACAAUAAAAUAUUUAUAAGAUUAAAUAAACAUUUUAAUAAUUAAGACUGUUCCAUCCCUUAAACUAGAAAAAUAAAAUCUGAGUGCGCUUUGAAGCGAAGAUAAAAACUGACCUGGACUCCCUUUCAGAAGUGAUAAAGUAAGUCACAAUGGGUUGGAGUUCCGUCAUCAGGCAGACGUCGCUACUUGUCAUAGCGGUCAUCACUCCAGGAAUCACCAGCAUCAGGAUCUCUAACAUGCGCGUCCCCAAGUUCCUGCAGGUGGGAUCGGCGGGGGAAUUGGACUGCUCGUGGGAGGGCGAGAGCGACAAUAUGUAUUCCAUCAAGUGGUAUCAAGCUGCCAACGAAUUCUACCGAUACACACCCGCAGCCAAAGACCCCAUUCAGAUUUUUGAUCUCCCUACGCUCGACGUUGACCGCCAGAGGUCCUGGGGCGGCAGUGUGAGGAUAGCCAACGUGACCCUGGGUGCGGCAGGCCCUUUCUACUGUGAGGUUUCGGCUGAUGGCCCUACCUUCCACACCACGUCGAAUCAAGCCAUCAUUCACGUCAUAGAUUUGCCUGACGGCGGCCCCAUUAUUCAAGGAGUCCAGCACCAGUACCUUAUUGGCGAUUGGGUUGACAUCACUUGCAUGUCUUUGAAGGCUAAGCCAGCUCCAUAUUUAUCAUUCAGCAUAAAUGACGAAGCGGUUUCUCCUGGCUGGGUCGAGCCACAAGAGAACAACAUGGAUCACGAGGGUCUGUACACGUCUUCCAUACGCAUGAGAUUCGUCCUAACGCAAAGGGUCCUGAUGGAGGGGCAAGCCAAGAUCCAGUGCAAGGCUCAUAUACCCGACUUCUACCACGAGUCUAUGGAUGAGGUCAUAAGGACGAUGCCCCGCACGGAGUCAUUGCUGGAUGGAGGCUUGGCUGCAGGUGAUCGCCCCAAAUCAAGCUCAACUUUGAUGGAAAUCUUGACAGCGAUGAUGGUGCUCUUCCACCAUCGGCUGGCUCAAUAAAUUCAUUCGAGACUCAUUUUCGCGCUUUGCCUUGUAAUGCUAUGUACUUUUGUCAAAUAGCUUUAAUCCCGUAAGGCGACUAUUGUGUUCAGUUAAAACAUUUUUCUAUAUCACAUUCCUGUAGGUAUGCUUUUGCCCGAAUAUUUAUCCAAGAGUGAAAUCCCUUGUAAAUAUAGACUCCCAUGUAAAUAGAACUAUAAAUAUAUACUUGAUGAA